AUGUCGUCGAAGAAAAUAAAUCCAAUGAGAGAGAUAAGCAUUAAGAAGCUGUCCAUCCACAUCUGUGCGCGGGAGAGUGGGGCAAAGCUCGAUAGGGCUGCAAAGGUUCUUGAGCAGCUGACUGGGCAGAAGCCCGUAACCUCGAAGGCAAGAAUGACGAUCAGAAACUUUGGGAUCAGGCGAAACGAGAAGAUUGCAGUGCACGUGAAUGUGUCUGGAAAGAAGGCCUAUGAGCUUCUCAACACAGCGUUAAGGGUUAAGGAGUACGAGCUCAAGGAGAGCUGUUUUAGCAACAACGGAUGCUUUGGAUUUGGAAUUGAAGAGCACAUUGAUCUUGGGCUGAAGUACGAUCCGAACAUUGGAAUCUUUGGAAUGGACUUCUUUGUGAUUCUUGCAAGGCCUGGGGACAGAGUGUCCAAGAGAAAGAGAUGCAAGUCAAGGGUCGGAAACAAGCAGAGGGUCUAUGCGGAGGAUGCCAAAAAGUGGUUUGUCGAGAACUUCGAAGGAGUUCUAGUUGAAUAA